AUGACAUCACUAUUUAUGAGUAGGCUAAAGCUAGCGGAUUUGGCUUCAGAGAAGUUCAUGUGAAACAGUCGAAAAUGCCUUCAGUAAAAACUUUUGACUUGAGUUACGAUGUUAUUAAUGAAUAUGAUACAUUUUCCGAAGGCGACUGUAUAUCUGGAAUAAUCACUUUGGAGUUAAUAAAGGAAACCAAAGUGGAAAGCCUUUUCAUCAAAGCCAAAGGGGACGCAAAUGUCCAUUGGACGACACGUACGAAAGACCACACUAGGACUUACUCUGCUCACAAUCGAUAUUUCAAACUUAAGACGUUUAUGAUUAAUGAAUCUCCUAAAGACAAUAUACUCCCCCCUGGGAUCCAUAGAUAUCCAUUUGGUUUCAAAAUUCCUGAGGGAAGCAUGCCAUCAUCCUUCAAGGGUCCACAUGGCAAGAUAGUGUACAAACUGGAAGCCAAGCUGGUUAGGGGUUGGCUAAAGACACGCGACUUGGUGAAGGAAAUCACCUUUGUCUCCAAGGCUGACUUGAACCAUGUCCUACUAAUGUCUCCUCAGCAUGGUGUGAAGAACAAGUCAGUUGGUAUAUUCACCUCAGGGCAUGUCACCAUGGAUGUCCAUGUUGAAAGGAUGGGUUAUAUGCCAGGUGAGACUGUGAAUAUCUGUGCAAACAUCAAGAACAACUCCUCCCGUGACCUUAAGCCCAAAUUCAGUCUGAAGCAGAAAAUGGCUUUCUUUGCUUCUGGCAACACAAAGAUAGCAGAGCAGACAGUCUGCAAAGUAGUCAGAGAACCUAUCCCGUCCAACACCCAACAAAGUGUUGCUGGGUCAUUGAAGAUACCUGCUGACCAGGACUUGUCCAUCCUGAACUGUAACAUCAUAACAGUAGAGUACAUACUAAAGGUAUACUUGGAUGUUCCUCUUGCCACAGACCCUGAAGUCAAGUUUCCAUUGGCUAUUAUCCCUUCCUGCUUUCGGUCUGGCCUAUCACCAGACAGACGUGUCAGGUUUGAAGAAUUCGGGAAAGGUGGUCCAAGCAACAGUGACUUCCCUUGUGAUACAGCCUUUGGACCAUAUCCUCCUGUCUCGGGUCCAGGGGGAGGCCUAUAUCCGCCUGUCCUGCCAGUGUACCCUGAACCUGCAGCCGUGGGAGGAAGUUAUCCCCCUGACCCACAGCCAACAUACCCAUACCCAACUCACUUGAUGGUGCAUCUACCUCCAACUGCUCCACCAUUUCAUACACCACCGACUGCCCCGAUGAUGCUUCCACACCCCUCUCCUCAAGAGAUAGACCAACCCCCAUCGUAUUGUUCCCUCUUUCCUCCGUCAGCACCUGACACAUCACCCUGAUACACCAUAAACACUCAUCUUUGACAGAAGUUUCACAGCUGAUUCACUCCCAGUGUCAUGUUUGCACAUGUAACAGUUUAGCUUCCGUCCCUCUCCUCGCCCCUCACCUGACACCCACGAAGCAUCGUUACCCAUCGCGCCAAAAAAGCCGCGGCCCUUGCAGAGCAAGGGGUACAACUCCUUCAGGUCUCAGAGCGAGUGACGUCACUCAGUUUUUUACUGUAAUAUACACCUGCUUUUGAGUUCUGUCUUCCAGGAUUUGUGUCUGAUAUAACAUUUUAAAAACUAUGUAAUGUAAUGCUCAGAUCACUCAUAUGGUGCCUUCUUGACUGCCUUUAUUAAAAAAAAAUUGACUCCAGGUUUGCCACCACAGCAGAAAAAAGAAAAGGAGAGCAGCACACUCUAGGUGCUCAAGUGCAAUCAUUUUAUAACCAAUGUUUCGACAGACAAGCUGUCUUCAUCAGGGUAUAAUGACACACAGGUGUCUAAUUAUGGCCGGGUAUGGCUUGAUGUCAUUGGUUGAUUUACAGAUCUAAAUAGAACAUAUAAAAAGCAUGAAUGGAUACCAUACGAUCAUAGAUACAAUGUGGCUACAUAGGCCUACAAACAUUUACAAUGAAACGCAAAAUCUCAAUAAUUACAAGAAUGGCUUCAGAUCAAAGUCUACUUUGAGACCAAAGGGAGCAAGGGUUUUUAAAUAAGAAAUCCAGGCAGCCUCUCGUUUUAACAAUAAAUUGUCAAGGUCACUCACUCUCCUAGGGAUUUAGGGAAGUGACGAAAUAGACUGGUUCGCUUCCAAAUGCGAACCACUCUAUUUCGUCCCUUCUCUAUAUUGGCAUCGAACACGUCACCCUCCCUAUGAGAUGGGGUGAACUUGACAAUUUAUUGGGGGGGGAGAGACCUUGACAACAUUGAUUAUUAAAUUAUUGCAUCUGAGCUCCUAGAGAGUGCAGCUCUCCUUUUGUUUUUUAAGUGUUCUACUCCGCUAGCCAACACCUCGCCUAAACAGGUGUGCGUUUCUUUCGCCUCCAGAUUACCACCACAGUGCCCUUAGUUUGGCCAUGCAAAAUGUAUGCAUCAUUAAUUACUCAGUAUUGUUGUGAUCUAAGCCCAUGUACCAGGACACCUUGCUAACACAUAUUAUGUACAAAUUAUGUAUUCACUGAGAUAUAAUACAGUAUUGCACUACUACUGCCAUUGUUGUUUAACUAAUUAAAUAUAUCACAG